CUCUCUCUCUGAUCUUCAAAUGGAGCUAUGCCUUUGUGUUCUCCUCCGAAAGCACCCACUCCCCUUUCCCAAAAUAUGCAACCAAAAAACACAUUAAAUUUCUUGUUCUUUCUUCAAUUAUGUUCCACUAUCUGAGAUCAAGUUGUGAGAGUUGAGAAAGAGAGAGAUGGGUCGAGGGAAGAUCGAGAUCAAGCGGAUCGAGAACUCGACGAAUCGGCAGGUGACCUUCUCGAAGAGGCGAAACGGGAUCAUCAAGAAGGCGAGGGAGAUCAGCGUCCUCUGCGAGGCCCAGGUUUCUGUCCUCAUCUUCUCCAGCUCCGGCAAGAUCUCUGAUUACUGUAGUGCUAACACCUCGUUCUCAAGGAUUUUGGAGAGGUACCAGCAGAAUUGUGGGAAGAAGCUUUGGGAUGCUAACCAUGAGAGUCUAAGUGCCCAGAUUGACCGAAUUAAGAAAGAGAAUGAUAACAUGCAAAUUAAGCUAAGGCAUUUAAAAGGGGAGGAUUUGAACCCUUUGACACCAAAGGAACUGAUUCCAAUAGAGGAUGUCCUGCAGAAUGGACUUGAUAGUGUCCGAGAUAAACAGAUGAACUACUUGAAGAUGCUGAAAAAGAAUGAAAGACUGCUGGAGGAUGAGCAAAAGAGAUUGACUUAUAUCCUGCACCAUCAGCAACUAGCAAUGGAGGAGAAUGUCAGGGAUCUGGAUCUUGGCUUUCAUCAGAAAAACGGUGCAUUUGCUACUCAUAUGCCAAUGGCCUUUCGUGUUCAGCCAUUCCAGCCAAAUCUACAGGAGAACAAAUAGUAAAUGCAUUCAUCUUUAUCAGUAUUUCUCUCUAUUGGCAUGUAUGAUACCUAUAAGAUACUAUUAUGGGGUUGAUUGAGCUUGAUAAAAAGGACGUAUUGUGUGCUCAUGAACUUAUUUGACUUGGCUGGAAGUGUUAGUAUGAUGACAACACAUUUUUAUUUUGCUAUAUUGUCUUUAUUAGCAUCAUUUUCGCUGAGAUUGAACUUUACAUGAAAAUGCAGUUAUGGUUUCAAUGC